AUAAAAGCGAGUGGACGUGUUGGCGAGCGCUUGUCGCGUCGUUACACUAGCGGGCGUUGUGUGAACAUUGAAUAUCGAAUCCCGCAUAAACAUUGCCAAAGCGAAGUGUAAUUCCGUCUUGUGGACAGUUUAGUGUGUUGUGAUUAUCAGUGUGGUGUGGUUGCGGAUAACGACAUAAAAAUGAAGCCACUAUUUUAUAUAGUGGUGACCUGCUUGAUACUGGCAAUCAAAGCCCACCCCGAGAACAUUGAAGAUGUCAAGGAUCUGCCCCAAGCCAAUGAGCCAGUACUUGAGGCCGAAGAAAGCGAACCUCAAGCGAGGAUAGAACGUUGCACCACAUGUACGCAAAACCUCAAGCUCAGCUCCCCUACAGACGUUCUGGCUGCCAUCAAGAACCUGCCUGGUGAAGUCCACACACAGCAGUCUUUCGAAGGCUGCUCCACAGAGAAAGGCUGCGCUGGUAUUAAGCUGAAGGACGGAAAAGUCGUCGAGAAAUUCGGGGACGUUGAGUCGUUCAAGAAUGCGGCCGCUCUAGACAAAUCCAAGGAAUUCACUUUCCACCAAGCUGGAACGUUCGGGAAACUCAUCGAGGGAAAAAUACCCGACAACGGUCCCUUCUGGUGGAUGAAUCAAAACUCCCCCUUCAAGAACACUGGAGGCUUCGAGAAGUUCAGCAAAGCGAGUUCGAGCUACACCAGCGCCACGGGUGGUGGAAUCGAUCUGGCCGGGAACCCGUUCCUGAACGGUGACUUCUCCAAGUUGGGUGCUGGCUUCGCUGGCGCCGGUGCUGUUGGACAACCGACCAACAACUUCCAGUCUUCGGCAUUUGAGUCUUCCUCCACUUACAGCAGCUCAGGGGGACUUGAUGUGUCCGGCAACCCGUUUUUAAAUGGAGGAGUUAGGUUGGGUCAAGGAGGAAUCGGAGGUGGGCAAGGCGUCGCCGGCGCUCAGGGCAUCGGCGGCGGCCAAAUUGGCCAAGGUUUUGCCCAAAACGCCUUUGCCGGCAGCGCUCAAAAUGGCUUCGGCUACACUGGGUCCUCGCCCAGACCGUUCUCCGCUUCCACGCCCGGGUCCAACGUGAACCUCAUCCAGAACGCGCAGAAGGGCGGUGGAUACGAAUACGAACAGAACGCCCAGAGCGUCGACGAAGCAUUCCAGAGUACUGGGAACGUUAUAACUCCGGAUAAUGGAGGGGAGAUACAGCAGACCUGCGCCGGGCAGGGCUACGUGUGCGUCCCGCGCGCCCAGUGCAACAACGGCAUUGUCAGUGCCAACGGAGCGGCGUUACUCCAAGCCAACACGCAGAAACAAUACUGCAACGUACGAAGCGAAAUCUGCUGCAGAAUCGAGAUCUCCGGUCUUGCUGGAGCUGGCUCUAUCCAAGGCUCUCUCGGAGUAGACUCUGCUUCCUACUCUGGUCAGGGAACGAAUCUUUUCGCAACGAAUCAAGGAGCUGCGAACAACUUUGGAGCCUUCGAUUCCGCAAACAGAGCUUCUAGUUUUGGAGCGUCCAACUUCGGAAAUGGUGCUGCAGUGAACAGAGCUUUUGAUUCAAGAGGAGCAUCAGGCAUCUCUACUAUUGGGUCGACUCUCGUUCCCCCCACUACAGCCGGUCGCUUCGGCUCUACUGGUUUUGGCAACGAAGUCUUCAAAGCGACAAGCCAAUCGAACUUUAUCGAAACCGAUUCAUUCUCCGCCGGUAGUGACGUGGCCAGUUCUUACAGACCAGGCGCAAUCGGCUCCGGAUUGAAACCCGGUAUUCCCUAUCUACCACCAGUCGACAACACCAACAGUGGAUCUAAUGUGGUGACCAGCACGGCUUUCCCGACGACCUUCGUGACGACGCCGCGUCCGUUCUCAACUCCCCGUCCGGUUACUCCUAAGCCCACUUACCUACCGCCCAUCGUACCUUCGACAUCUGCCCCUGGAUACUUGCCUCCCGUAGCAGACUCAUCCAACAACAGGGAGACCCGUCUUCCCCCUAACAAGGUUUACAAUGAGGGAAGCGUGAUCUUGGACGAAACAAGACAGCCUACGACCAGACCAACAGUUUUCACUCCAGGUCCUUCACCAAGUGAAAUUCCUGCUGGAUGCGCUGCUGCCCUCAAGUGUACUCCUAUCGAAUUCUGCACAGCUGAAGGUGUCAUCUCAAACACUUCAGUCAUCCUGAGUCGCGAACAAGACGCGUACCGAGUACCCUUGACAGACUGCAAAGACCUGGGGUCGGGUCGUAUCGGGAAAUGCUGCCGCGAUCCCUUCUACACUGAUCCAUGGCCAACGAACCAGCUGGGCAAGUGGGUUCCCGGUGUCUUCGGAGGCAACGACGGCAAAUACGUACCAGACAGUCGCGUCAGCCCGUCUACUAACGUGCGACCUCAAGUCACCGGCAGACCCCCCACCUCUCCUUCCACUGGAUCAGUCAUCUUGAACAACUUCAGGAAUACCCCUAAACCAAUUUCACCAACACCUGGACCCAACCAACUGUCUCCUGGUUACCCGUCGAGCACCCUGGCUCCUGCCUUCGUGCAGAAGAAUCAGUUCAACCAAGGAUCGUACGGUCAGAAGGGCGUUGGGCAAGGCAGCGUUAUCGGAGUUGGACAAAACGGCCAAGGUAACCAAGGCUCUUAUGGCCAAGGUUCGCAAUUCACGCAAACCUCAUCAUCGAGAGGCCAAGGACAGUUCCCAGGUGUUGGCCAAGGACAGUUCCCAGGUGCUGGCCAAGGGCAGUUCCCAGGUGCUGGCCAAGGACAGUUCCCAGGUGCUGGCCAAGGACAGUUCCCAGGUGCUGGCCAAGGACAGUUCCCAGGUGCUGGCCAAGGGCAGUUCCCAGGUGCUGGCCAAGGGCAGUUCCCAGGUGCUGGCCAAGGAAAGUUCCCAGGUGCUGGCCAAGGCCAGUUUCCAGGUGCUGGCCAAACCGGGAUACAAGGAGUUGAUGUUGGCGUCACUCAAGGAUUUGGCCAAGGUGCCUCCCAAGGAAUUGGCCAACAAGCCAUUUUCGGUCAAGGAAACAGAGGCCAAUUUGGCCAAGGCACCCAGACUGUCUUCGGACAAGGACAGGGGGUCAGCCAAAAAAAAGGUUUUGGAGUCUCUCAAGGCGCUGGAGUCGGUAUCAGGAACCAAGGAGCCGGCCAAGGUACACGUGUUACCUCUGACCAAGGCCAAGUAUACGACCAAGGUGUUGUCCAAACCGUACAACAGGGCGUCGUCACCGCAGCGCAGCAGGGCGCAGGACAAGGAGUUAAGUACGGCCAAGGUCAAGGCUUCCAACAAGGAGGUGGCGUUAGCGUCAGUCAAGGAAGCUAUGGUCAAGGAGAGUCACAGGGUGCCGGCAUCAGUGCAAGCCGUGGCUCCGGACUGGCUGUCAAUAAAGGAGCUGGCUUCGGAGUUAACCAAGGCACCGGUCAAGGCCAAAGUGGAGGAUUCGGUGUUAGUCAGUCUACCGGUCAAGGUUUCAGUCAAGGCACUGGUUUAGGUGUCAACCAAGGAACGGAAGAAGGAAUUAUCCAAAAUGGCGGUUUCGGGGUUGUCAGAGGAUCUGGAACUGCCAUCACCCAAGGAGGUGGAUUUGCAAUCAGCCAAGAAACAGGUCAAGAAAGCAGCUUCAGGGUUAACCAAGGUAGCGCUGGACAAGGAAUAUCUCAGAGCGGUGGCUUCGGAAACGGCCAAGGUGCGGGUCAAGGAGGCUUCGGGCAAGGUGGCAGCUUCGGUGUUGUUCAAGGAGGCGGAUUCGGAGUAAGAGGUCAAGGCUUUGGCGUGAACCGCGGUGUAGGCAUCGCGGUCACAGGUGGUCAAGGAGAAGCGAUAAAUCAAGGCUUUGGCCAAGGUGUUUACAACGGCGGUGGUUUCGGUACGGGCCAGCGUCUGGUCUCCGGCCGAGGGCAAGCGCUCGUCCAGGGCGAAGGUCAGACAGUCAUCCAGGGAGUCGGCACCGGGGUCAGACAAAGCCAGGGUUUCACCGUCACACAGGGCAACGGCGUUGGAGUCGAGAAUGAGUACAGUGCCUCAACGCAGCGGGUGUUCUUGAAGAGAUACUCCGGCGGUGGACAAUGUGGGCUUUUGAAUCCCCAGAAACCGUACGGCAACCGAAAUGAUCUAGAAGUAGACUUCGCGGAGAUACCCUGGCAAGCGAUGGUGCUUCUCCAGACCAACAGGAGCCUGCUGUGCGGAGGAGUCAUCACCAGGCCUGAGGUGGUUGUCACUUCAGCAUCUUGCGUCGAUGGGCUGGACGCGAAAAACGUUCUGAUCAAAGGCGGAGAAUGGAAACUCGGGAUUGACGACGAGCCCCUCCCCUUCCAAAUAGUCCAGGUCAAGACCAUCAUCCGCCACCCGGAGUACAAGAGGGGAAGCCUGAAAUACGACGCAGCCAUACUGGUGCUCUCGGAGAAUCUGCGGUUCGCGAAGAACAUCCAACCGAUAUGUCUCCCCGCAGCCGGAGAGACCUUGGACGCGUAUUACAAUGGAGCUGGAGAAUGCAUGGUCACUGGCUGGGGAAAGAUCGUCUUGCAAGCUCAUUUGUCCGGAAGCAUCAUGCAUUCCCUAAACGUUUCUCUCAUCAAUCCUGGUGAGUGCGAAGCCAAGCUGUCCCAGGAUUACCCCCACCUGCUGGAGCAGUACGACCAGGAUAGCUGUGCAUGCGGGCAGCCCACCAACCCACUCAACAAUAUCUGCAAGGUUGACAUUGGCAGUGCCCUGGCGUGCACAACAGGAGACAGCCAUUUCGUGCUACGAGGAGUCUACUCUUGGGACUCUGGUUGUCAGGUCGGUAACCAAAUAGCGGGCUUCUACAAGUUCGACAUUGAGUGGUACGAAUGGGCCAUAGGACUGAUCGAGAGCGUUCGUUUCACUAAAUACACGAUCGGUACGAAGUUGACGCAGAGCAAGAUCACCAGUCAAGUUUCCAGCGUCAAAACCAGUCAGUACACAGCCGGAGUUAAGGGCGUUAAUGAAGUUGGUCAGGUUAAAGCUGACGGUUUGGCUCAGGGACAAUUCGCUGUGAAAGACGACGGGUUCGCUCAAAGGCAAUUCGCCGCUAAAGACGACAAGUUCGCUCUAGGGCAAUUCGCUGCCAAAGGCGACGGGUUCGCUCAAGGACAAUUCGCUGCCAAAGACGACAGAUUCGCUCAAGGGCAAUUCGCCGCGAAAACCGACUCGAAAACCCAAGGUUUCACCGGACAAUUCAACCAGUACGGAACUAAAUUCUCCGAGGUGAAAGCCGGCGAGGGCAUAAGCUUCGACACCCAAGUCAAGGGUCCCAUAUCAAACACUUUCAGCGCGACCUACACCGAGAAGAAGGUGUACCAGUCCGAGCCGAAGAUAGUGACGUACACGACGAAACCAGAGAUCGUGACCUUCACCACGAAACCGGAGUACUUCACUUACACGACCAAACCGAAAAUCGUGCGCUACACGACCAAACCAGAGAUCGUGACCUUCACAACGAAACCCGAAUACUUCACGUACACGACCAAACCGAAAAUCGUUACCUACACCACGAAGCCGCAACUCAUAACGUACGAGACUUCUGGAAGUGGAACGAACCCCCAAUACGUGGCCCCGGGGGUGUCCUUCAACCCGUCCUUGACAGACGCCCUGCACAAACACGACGGCCAAUGCAAAUGCUUGGAGGGUAAAAAAUAAACGUGACCUCGACAAUUUAAAACGGAGUCGAAGUGCCAUACAAAUAUAAUUUAUCUUAUUUUCUCUUUUAAACGAAUUCGACAGUACAAAGACACUCCAGUUCCUAUGAGAGUUACCAGUUUUGAAAAUAAAUAAAUAUAAAUAUAUUUACAGACAACGUAAUUAAUGACGUUUUUCACAUUGUAAUUCGUUUUUUUUUAUGUAUUUUAUAACCAUUUUUCAGAGUAGCAUUUGUGCAGCUAAUGAUAUUACCAAAAUAAUUGUGCUAAUGUUUUUUUUUUUAUAUUUAUUAUUUAAUAAUAUUCAAACCAUAUACAUGUUAUUAAUCUUUCGGAUUGUUUUUGCUUCAAUUAUUAUUAAUAACUCCAAUACCGCUCCGUUAUCGAUACUGUAAAUAGAUAGGAAGGAUAUUUAAUUAUUAUAUUCAAUUUGAUAUUAUAAUUUUAUCUGUUUUAUUGUGUCAGUUUUAAAUAUUAUUAGUAACGACUUUAAAAAUACUGCCAUUUUUUUUUGUAUUAAUUACUUUCUAUUUUCCGUUUCGUUUUUAUUUUCUAACUAGAAAAUUAGAUUUUUGACCAUUUCGAUUCGUUAAGCUGCGACAUGGUCGACUCUUUAAUUUAAAAAUAAUUAAGUAUUUUUGUAUGAAAAUUAUACUAUGUAUAUUGAUAUGUAAGAAACACGCGGACGGUUCAUAUUGAAACAGAUAAUAUAUUUUCUAAUUAUAAUACAUAAAUAGGAUUUAUAAUAAAUAAAAAAUUCGAAAUAAAUGAUAUAUUUUAAUUAAAA